AUGGUCGCGGCUGCGAAGAAGACGCAGAAGAUCGCGGGCCGGGUGCUCCGGACGGCUGCAAGACCGCUCGUGCGCGUUGCGCCGGGGAGGAACAGCGGCAAGGUCUCGUUCUCGCCCAUCCCAGGCGAGACGCCCAUCGCGCUUCUUCGUGUACAAAUAUUGUGCUGCGAGGAUCUGCUUCCCAAGGACCGAGGCGGCACCAGCGAUCCGUUCGUGGUCGUGUCGCUGCUGGGCAACAAGCAGCAGACUAGUGUGGUGAAGAAGACCCUGAACCCGACUUGGUCUGCUAAGGAUGCCACUCUUGACUUGCCGAUUUAUCUCUCGCUCGCGGAUAAGCUUGGUGCACUCGAACUGCUAGUCUGGGAUAAGGACAUGCUCAGGAAAGACUAUCUCGGUGAACAUGCUCUCCCACUCGAGGACUGGUUCAAAGGCACCGCAUACUCGUUCGACGACCCCGACAACGAGCCGAUCACAGUGAACCUUGUCUCUACACGUGUAAAGACGGCCGCCUCAGGUCGCAUGCGCUUGAAGCUCGGCUUCGUACAACCUCCCGGGAUCGCCAACCUCACCAACUUCGGCGAAACAUUCGAAGAGCUCGUCAAGCGUUCCCGCCCUUCGUUGGUCUCUGCACCUCCCACUGAGGGAAUUGGCACCAUCCGUUCGCACAUUGCCGGGCCCGAGUAUGAGGAUGAUGGUCUCAGCUCAGACGAGGGAGAGGACGAUGCCGAAGGCGAUCAGGACUGGGACAACUACGAAGAUCCCGAGCCUGCCACACCUACACCUCCGUCUGUUCCACCACGCAAGCUCGAUGUUCCUACGCCCACCCUCAAGCUUGAAGCGCCAUCGCCUACGACUCCCGAGUCCUUGACGCCCAUACCUGCGCCGAUGGCGCCGAGCCCCAGUCCCCCGUCCAAACCUCCAUCUCCCGGCUUCAAGAAGCUUCCCAAGAUCCUGCGCCGACCCACAGCUUCACGCUCUAACUCGGUCGACUCCACAUCUCAGCCGACACUCGGCGAUCGUACUGUGAGUUCAUCGUCUACCGCCACUACGUCCACCACCGCCAGCAAGAAGAAACUCAUUCGCGCUCCAUGGCCGAAUAAGAAGCCCGGCGAGUUCGACCUGAACUCGCACAACGACAUUAUCGGCAUUGUCAUGCUCGAGAUCGACAGCGCGGCGAAUUUGCCCAAGUUGAAGAACAUGACACGCACUGGAUGGGAUAUGGACCCUUUCGUCGUGAUCUCCUUCGGCAAGAAAGUCUUCCGCACGCGCGUCAUCCGCCACAGCCUGAACCCCGUUUGGGAUGAGAAGCUGCUGUUCCAUGUUCGGAAAUACGAGCGCUCGUUCAGCGUCGCUAUGACUGUUUGUGAUUGGGACAAGAUCUCCUCAAACGACCACAUCGGCGACGCGUCUUUCACGCUGAGCAAACUCCUGGAGAACGUGCCGCAGAAGGAUCCUGAGACGGGCUUGUACCCCGCGGAUGAGGAUGGAAGCAGGAACUUUGUGGAGAUGACGUUGCCGUUGCAGACGGCUGGGAAGGAGAGCGUGUUUGAUGGGAAGAGUCCGACCAUCACUGUCCGCGCGAAGUAUCAGCCAUACGAUGCCCUCCGCCAGCACUUCUGGUACGUCUUCAUCAAGCAGUACGAUACGGACGAUACUGGCUCGCUCUCCCACCUCGAGCUCACCUCCAUGCUCGACUCUCUCGGUUCGACGCUCUCGCAAGAGACGAUAGCCUCAUUUUGGACGCGCUACGGCAAAUCGCUGCAAAACGAGGACGAGCUCACUACAGCCGAAGUCGUCAUGGCGCUCGAGCAAGAGAUCUGCCGUCCCUUGAGCGAGAAGAAGCGCAUCAACCCUCAAGAGAACUACAACCGCGGCAUGGACAUUGGCACGAGCGCCAUGGCCACCCCCGAUCCUUCAGCCCACAAGGAACCCGCCAUGGAGGCACUCGAGGGUUUGAGCUUCGCGGGCCCCGAGCAUAACCGACCUCACGACGAUCCGGAAAUGCAGGCGACCGGCAAUGAGAUGGCCAAUCCCCCACGCACGCAACCCACGGAGGGCAUGCAAACCGCCAUCGCGGACGUGAAGCCGAGCGACAAGGAGGGCGGAGUGCCGGAUUACGAGCAGACGGCCGGGCAGAAGAUGUUACAUCUGCAUCUGCACGGUCACGCGAAUGCGACGCCGCCCGCACCUAUGGGCUCUCCGUCCGUACCUACGACCCUCGCGCCGGCAAGCGGCUCCUCUCCGCUGCUCACGCCUCCGACGCCCGAUCCUGCGCGCCGUCCUGCGCCAAAUACCGUGCCGUCUACGUCGUCGAGCGAUGCGGAGGACUACAGCAGUUCGUCAUCGCCGGGUAGCGGAUCGGAGGAGAUGGUUGAGCGUGUGAUCAACGUCAAGAACUGCCCGCUCUGCCACCGCCCGCGUCUGAACUCCAAAGCCGAGCGCGACAUCGUCACGCAUCUCGCUGUCUGCGCCUCAGGCGACUGGUCGCGCGUCGACAGGAUGCUGGUCGGGAACUUCGUUACUGCGAGCCAAGCACAAAGGAAGUGGUACACGAAAAUGUUCAGCAAGGGCUUGAGUGGAAACUACAAGCUCGGCGCGAACUCGGCGAACAUCAUCGUGCAGAACCGCAUGACGGGCCAGUUGGAAGAGGAGAAGACGCAGGUAUACGUGCGGUUGGGCAUCCGACUGCUAUACAAGGGUGCGAGGGGUCGGAUGGAGGGCAUGCGCGCGCGCAAGUUGCUCAAGAGCAUGAGCAUCAAGCAGGGUGUCAAGUACGACUCGCCCGAGAGCGUCGUGGACAUCAAGCCGUUCAUCCAGUUCCACAAUCUCAACAUCACCGAGAUCGCGCAGCCACUGGAGGAGUACAAGACCUUCAACGAGUUCUUCUACCGCAAGCUCAAGCCUGACGCACGACCGGUCGAGGAACCGGAGAACCCGAACCGGCUGGUCAGCGCGGCGGAUUGUAGGUUGAUGGCGUUUGAGACGGUCAACGAGGCAACGAAGGUGUGGAUCAAGGGGAGGGAGUUCAGCGUGGCGAGGUUGCUUGGCGAUAAGUACAAGGAUCAGGCUGAGCGGUACAACGGCGGAGCGCUUGUCAUCUUCCGCCUUGCGCCGCAGGACUACCAUCGCUUCCACUCGCCUGUGGACGGUACAAUUGGGCCUAUGACAUACAUCUCGGGCGAGUACUACACCGUCAAUCCCCAAGCCAUCCGCACGACGCUCGACGUCUACGGCGAAAAUGCGCGCAAGAUCGUCCCCAUCGAUAGCACGCACUUCGGGCGCGUCAUGACCGUCUGCAUUGGCGCGAUGAUGGUCGGGUCGAUUAAGACGACCGUCGAAGAAGGCCAGCAGAUCAAGCGCGGCGAUGAGUACGGAUUCUUCGCUUUCGGCGGGUCGACCGUUGUUAUGCUGUUCGAGCCGGGUAUGGUCGAGUGGGACGAGGACAUCACGAUCAACAGUCGGGCUUCGCUUGAGACGCUCGUGAGAGUGGGUAUGGGCAUUGGGUGGAGGAAAGGCGCGAAGGAUGGGAGCGCUGUUCAGUGA